AUGGCAGGCCCAGGAGGACCCCCGCGUCGAAGCACGACUGAAGAGCUGCGGGAACAGCUAGAGAACAUCGAGCUGCAGCAGACUGAGUUGCCCGGCACGCCGCUGACCGCGCCAGCCUCGCUGAACGCCCAGCUGCGUGCCGCCAGUGCCGCUGAGCAUCCGAUCCCUAUAGCAUCCCCCGCGCUCUCGUCUGCUUCCCAGCCCCUGCCGCGAGCCUCCCCGGACCGCGAUGACCCCUCCGGCUCGUCGACCCCCCGCUCCCCUACAAACACGGCCUUCCCCUCGACGAACAGACCCCUCCGCGCCCAGAGGUCACAACCCUCUGUUCGCACGCCCGCGCUGUACACCAUCCCCUCCAACACGCCCGGCUCCUCAAGGCCUGAGCCGGUCUCAACGAGCCAUGAUAAUGACGAUGAAGACGAUGAUGAAGCCCCAACCCCCCUAAGACCCCCACCCGAGGCUCGGCUGCGCGUCUCAAGGGACGACAUCCGCGACCUUACGCCGCGCGUCUCGUUGACCCGGCCGCGGCAGACGUUUGACGAGAUGCGCGAGAACUACCAAGCAACAAUCAAUUCCGCCGAGAAGCCAUUUAUCCUGCCGUCCCAGGCGCGCAGCUGGAUUGCUAAGGCCCGAGAGCGGCAGCGCAAGCUGACGAGCGGGCCGUGGCUGAAAGUGCAAGAAAAGGGAGAGGAGGUAUACAAGAAGUAUAUUCUGGAGGGAUUGUUGAGGCAGAAGCCGAUCCCGCCGAGUAAAGAUGGGAGACACAUUCCGUUGAAACCUGGGUUGGCGCGGAGGAAGCCGUUGAAGGAUGAGCGAACAGGGCACGCGUACAUAUCGAAUUUUAUUCGGUCCAGUCGGUACACACUGUGGAACUUUCUGCCGAAGCAGCUGUUCUUCCAGUUCAGCAAGCUGGCCAAUUUCUACUUCUUGGUUAUCGGUAUUCUGCAGAUGAUUCCGGGGUUGAGUACCACGGGCACGUACACGACCAUUGGACCGCUCAUCGCUUUCGUGUGUCUGAGUAUGGCCAAGGAGGGGUAUGAUGAUUAUCGAAGGUAUAGGCUGGAUAAGCUGGAGAACAGGAGUUAUGCUUGGGUGUUGGAUCCGGAGGAUAGGGUCCGGAUGGAUUAUGCGCUGAAGGGGAAGGGCACGGCAUGGAAGAAUUGGUUCCGCAGUAGGAGGGGGAAGAAGACGGAUGAGAGCCAGGAGGAGCAGCCGACCGAGUUGGAGACGGUUAACACCGGGUCGGGUGACGAACGCUGGUCCAGGAUCGAGUGGCAGGAUAUUCGAGUUGGAGAUAUCAUUCGGCUAAGGCGCGAUGAGGAUGUGCCGGCCGACAUUGUGCUCAUCCACGCUACAGGGCCCAAUGGCAUCGCUUACAUCGAGACCAUGGCCCUGGACGGCGAGACCAACCUCAAGAGCAAGCAGGCGUCGCCUCUGCUGGCCAAGCAUUGUGCUACCGUCGAGCAAAUGAUGUCUGUCGAGGCGGAGGUCGUCUCCGAGGACCCUAACAUCGAUCUCUACAACUUCGAGGGCCGCGUCACCGUCAACGGCGAGACCAUGCCCCUGACGCUGAACGAAGUCGUCUACCGUGGCUCGACCCUGCGUAACACGGCCGAGGCCAUCGGCCUGGUCAUCAACACGGGCGAGGAGUGCAAGAUCCGGAUGAACGCCAAUAAGAACGUGCGGGCCAAGGCCCCCGAGAUGCAGUCGGCGGUCAACCGCAUCGUCAUCCUGCUCGUCUUUUUCGUCAUCGCCCUGAGUGUAGGCUGUACGGUGGGCUACAUCAUAUGGAAGGACGAUUACGAGAACAAGGCGUGGUAUUUGGAUGAGGGGUCUGUGUCGCUGGGGCAGAUUUUUGUGGCGUUUGUGAUUGCGUACAAUACGCUUAUCCCGUUGUCGCUUUAUGUCAGCUUGGAGAUUGUCAAGUUAGGCCAGCUGUACUUUCUCAAUGAUAUUGAGAUGUACGACCCGGCUACGGAUACGCCGUUCGUGGCCAACACGACGACAAUUUUGGAGAACUUGGGCCAGGUCAGCUACGUGUUCUCGGACAAGACGGGUACGCUGACGGAGAAUAACAUGAAGUUCCGCAAGAUGAGUGUUGCGGGAACUGCCUGGCUGCAUGAUAUGGACUUGCAAAGAGAGGCGGCCAAAAAGGCGGCGGCCAAGCAGCCUGUGCGCGACGAGCACGCUGAUCAGCCAGUCGAGAAAAUGGCUGUGUUAAGUCCUACCCAGAGAGCGAAACAUAUCGUCGACUCGGAGAUGAUGGAAGAGCCUUUGGUGGAAGGCCGCCGCUCCGAAAGUGGCUACCGUCCCCGGAUGAGCACCGCUUCACGAUGGAAGCCUUCUGCCGGGCAUCCGGUUCACCACGCCCAGCCUGACCUCCACAAGACCGAGGACCUGCUGCAGUACAUCGCCGCCAAGCCCAACGCGCCUUUCUCCCGCAAGGCAAGGCAGUUCAUCCUCUGCAUGGCGCUCUGCCACACCUGCCUGCCGGAAAAGACCAAGGACGGAGAAAUCAAGUUCCAGGCUGCGUCGCCGGACGAGCUGGCACUCGUCGAGGCGGCCAAGGACCUGGGUUACUUGCUUGUUGACCGUUCUGCCCAGACAAUCACGCUGCAGGUACGCAGCCCCAACGGGGGCAACACAGCGACCGAAACGUACGAGGUCAUGGACGUCAUCGAGUUCAGCAGCAAGCGCAAGCGCAUGUCCAUCAUCCUGCGCAUGCCGGACGGUCGGCUGUGUAUCUUCACCAAGGGCGCGGAUAGCGUUAUCCUGCCUAGGCUCAAGCAGAAGCAGCUCGCGAUUCAGACCGCUACCGCCGUCGAGAGGAGGGCGAGUAUGCGGAGGAGUGUCGAGCAGGAGAAGGCGUUGAUACGCAGGCAGAGCUUGCAGAGCCCCAGGAGGGAAAGUCUAAAUCUGAUGAGGGCCGCAGCGUCGAUGGAUAGGAAGGGGGCUUGGAGACGGUCCGCGAUUAUUACGGAUGAGGUGGAUAAUUGGAUUUCGACGAGGGAGGAGGCCGAGGGGAGUGCGCUGGAUGAGAGGGCGCGGGAGGAGGCAGCCGCGGCGGGGAAUGAGGCGCAUGCUCCGACGCCGAGGACGUCGUUUGCACGGCAGAGGUCGCUGGAUCUGGUCCGGCUGGCGGUUGACCCGUUGGAAGGGCUUGUGGAUGAGGCGCUUGUUCUGAACGAGGGUGCUGUUUUCGAGCGCUGCUUCCAGCAUGUGGAUGAUUUCGCGUCCGAAGGUCUGCGCACACUGAUCUUCGCCUACCGCUACCUCGACGAAGAAGUCUACCGCAAAUGGAAGGCCAUCUACCUCGAGGCCACCACCAGCCUCGUCAAGCGCCAGGAACGCAUCGAAGAGGCCGCCGAGCUGAUCGAGCAGGAGUACGAGCUCGCCGGCGCGACAGCCAUCGAAGACAAGCUGCAGCAGGGCGUGCCCGAGACGAUCGACAAGCUGCGCCGGGCCAAUGUCAAAGUGUGGAUGCUGACGGGCGACAAGCGCGAGACGGCGAUCAACAUCGCACACUCGGCUCGCAUCUGCAAGCCCUUCUCGGAGGUAUACAUCCUCGACGCGGCGCUCGGGGAUCUGCAGGACCGCCUGGCCAUGACGCUGACUGAUGUCGCGAGGGGCAUGGUGCCGCAUUCGGUGGCGGUUAUUGACGGGCACACACUGCAGGUUGUGGAGGAGAGCGAGACGCUCAGGGUGCUGUUUUACGACCUUGUGUCGAGGGUCGAUUCGGUGAUAUGUUGUCGGGCAUCGCCGAGCCAGAAGGCGAAUCUGGUCAAGUGCAUCAGGAAGCAGAACCCGAGUGCGGUUACGCUGGCGAUCGGCGAUGGCGCGAAUGAUAUCGCCAUGAUUCAAGCGUCGCAUGUCGGCGUGGGCAUUUCGGGUCGGGAGGGUUUGCAGGCGGCGAGGAUUGCGGACUAUUCCAUUGCGCAGUUCCGCUUCUUGCAGAGGCUGCUGUUUGUCCACGGCAGAUGGAACUACGUCCGGUCGGGAAAGUAUAUCUUGGGUACGUUCUGGAAAGAGGUUGUUUUCUACCUUCUCCAGGCGCACUACCAGCGCUUCAACGGCUACACGGGCACUUCGCUGUUCGAGUCGACCUCCCUGACCGUCUUUAACACCAUUUUUACGUCCCUGCCCGUCAUCAUCCCCGCCAUUUUUGAGCGCGACUUGGCAGCAGCCACGCUGCUUGCCGUCCCCGAGCUGUAUACCUUCGGCCAGAAGAACAAGGGCUUCAAUUUCGCGCAGUACCUCGGCUGGAUGGCCAUUGCGGCCGCGGAAUCCGUCAUCAUCUUCUACUCGGUCUACGGACUCUACGCACUUGCCGCCCACUGGCCUGUGGAGGUGGAUCUCUACGCCGUCGGCACUCUCGCCUUCUCCCUAGCUGUCAUCUUCAUCAACCUUAAACUGAUGUUCCUCGAGGUCCACGACCGCUCUCCCAUCAUCUUGGGAUUGAUGAUCAUCUCCAUGGGCGGGUGGUGGCUGUGGAAUAUUUUGCUGUCUGUCCUCAUGCCCAACAGGCUCGGUCCGUAUCCGGUGCAUGAUAACUUUCUGUAUGGGUUUGGUCGCAAGGGGCUGUGGUGGUUGGUGCAUUUUGCGGCGUUGUCGGCGCUGAUUGUGCUCGAAUUGGGGGUUGAGGCCUUGAGAAAGAGUAUCUGGCCGACGGAUAGGGACUUGAUGAGGGAAAUUGAGCAUAUCGAUGGUGUGAUGGAGGUUAUGAAAGAGCAUGCGGCUGAGAGAGGUGAGGCCGGGCCUUCGUCGGGUGAUGAUGCUGCUGCCGCCGCUACCGGUGACGCGGGCGAUGCUGUCCCUGUGGCAGGUCAUAACGCGACCUCUCUCAAGACAAUCGCCUCCUCCGUCUCCGACGGCACCAACACCAAUACGAAUACCGAACGCCCCGUCUCAGAAGCAGGCCCCCUCCCCUCCGUCCCAGCUCCUGUUCUCUCCCCCACUUCUGCAACAGCCAUCGCCUCGACCUCCCGCACCUUCGCCCCCGGCACACCAACAAUCCCCUCCGCACAACGUAACUCCUUCCACGGUCCCAUCCGCCGCGCCGGUGCAGAUUACCCGUCCAGCAAUCGCAACUCAAUGGCCUCUCCUCGCCUAUCGAUGGGCGAGUUCCGCGACCCUGCGUAUGAGCAGCAGAGACGGUCAUUCGCCAUCGAACUUGAAAAAGAGAGGGAGAAGCAUAGGAGGUCGUUUGCUCAGGAACGGAGAUCAUUUGCGCAGGAGAGGUUGAGUUUUGUGGGGGCAGGUAUGGCGGAGAGGAGGGGGAGUUUGGCUGCUGCUGCGGUUGGCGGGGAGCCUAGCCCGACAACUACAACUACGGGGUUGGGGGUUACGAAUGGGAAUGGAAAUGGAAAUGGGGGUGCCCAAGGGGUGAGGAGGAGUUUUUCGGGAUUGAGGAGGUAA